CUCACAAACACACACAGCUAAUGAACAACCAAGCCAUCGCAACUCGUACAGCUUCGCCACAACAAAGCCGGAUCCAGCACAGUUUAACCCCGCACACCUCCUGGCUCUAGAACCUGGGAUGUCAACAAACCGGUGUGUGUGUGUGUGCGGAGAGAUGCGAGGUCCUGUGUUGGCAGUACGAUAGGAACACACCCGGAGGCAGUAAUGACAAUCAAUUAAAGGAAGUUACAUGGAUUACUAUUGGAGAAGAGGAUGUGAAUGGCAAUGGGGGAUGUAGGUAUGUGGCGCUAUACUCAUAGGAAUGGGUCUGUGGAUUAAAUUUGGAAGCAACUCUUUUGUACAGAUACUAGGAAUCCAAUUUGCGUAUUUCCUGAACGUGGGCUUUUUCUGCAUUGCAGCUGGAUUUAUUAUAUGCUUUCUGGGAUUUUUGGGUUGCUGCGGAGCCCUGAAGGAGAUACGGUGCUUACUGUUAAUUUUUUCGCUGAUCAUGCUGGUUCUGUGCAUCUCCGAGAUGAUCGCAGCUGUUGUGGUUUUGACUUUCUCUGAGAUGGCCGAGAGUGUCCUGAAAGACAAAGUCAUGAAAUCCCUGAAGGAGGCCUACUACAAGAGUGGUGGCAAAGGGCUGGUAGAAGAGGCCUGGAAUACAGUCAUGGAUAAAUUCAACUGCUGUGGAUUCUUUGGUUACAGUGACUUCACCAACUCCACUUUCACAGCCAAAACAGCUUUGAAGUACCCCAAAAACUGCUGCAAAAAUGCCACGUUAAAAGAGUGUGAUGGCCUUAAUAUAUCUGACAAAGUUAUCUAUACGGAGGGCUGUUUUAUGGCAAUAGUACAUGCGGUGAAGAAGAACAGUAUGACUAUAGGGAUAGCUGCAGGUGCCAUCACUGCAUUUGAGAUGGCAUCCCUUAUUGUCGCCUUGGUGUUGUUUGUCAAACUGGGAUAAUGCAGUCUGCCAACCAAGUUAUCCUUCUGUACCACCAUUCCGUGCCCGGUGUCCCAGUGAGUACACGGCAGUGCCAUCCUACAUGGCAGGACCCUUUCUUACACAAGUUCAGCUAAUAAGCACAGAUUUAUUACAUGUGUAAAAUUCAGCAUUUAUAUUCCCUUAUGUUAAAUGUUUUAUUUGUAUUGUUACUACUGAAGUUGUUUACUUUUAGUGUUCUUACAUGAAGUUUAUACUUAUCCCAAUUCUGGAGAAGAGCACUUAAAUGUCAUUUUAAGUAUAACUGAAUGUUCUUAGGACUGCAGUUUUAUAUAGAAUAAAAUAAAUAUAGUAUUGUGUGUUUGA